AUGUUGCGCCUCACAGCUGCCCUCUCCCUUGCGGGUGUUGUCUCUGCUUCUUUCGAGAACAACCUCGCCUACCUCUCACCAUCUCGUCGCCACGCCUCUCUCGCUGUCCCUCUUGCCCACGUUCAGAAGCGCCAGAGUGGCUCUUUGUACACAGCAGCGGAAGUGAACUUCACCCACGGCAUCGCGUCAGGAGAUCCAUAUGCCAACUCCGUUAUUCUCUGGACCAGACUUUCCCCCACAGCCGAUAACGUCGCCUCAGAUAUCGUCCCAGAGGGCGUAGUGCCCAUCUAUGGCGAUGAGGGCGCCCCCCCCAGCAGCCGCGCCGCCUGCGUCGAGUACCGCAUUGGCACAGACGAAGCCUUGACCAAUGUCGUAAACAGCGGCAGAGCCUACACCUCGAGCGAAGUAGACUGGACAGUCAAGUUUGAAGCAACAAACCUCCAACCCUUCACAACCUACUUUUACCGCUUCAACGUCUGCGACUCCUCCAAAUCCUCCGUCGUCGGCCGCACAAAGACCAUCCCCACAAAAGACCAAACCGUCCCCCGCAACAUCAAGCUAGCAGUCUACUCCUGCUCCAACUACCCCGAAGGCUACUUCAACGCCUACGCCGCCGUCAACGCCAAGGAUUCCGCAGAUUACAUCCUCCACCUCGGCGAUUACAUCUACGAGUACAAAGCCGGCCUCACCGACCUCCGCAAACCUCUUCCUGACCGGGAGACUUACUCUCUCUACGAUUACCGCAAGCGCACAGCUUCCUACCGUCUCGAUCCUGAUCUUGCCUUGUCUCACCAAAAGUUCCCUUGGAUCCCUGUCUGGGAUGACCACGAGGUCGCUGACAACAGUUACAAGGACGGCUCCAAGAACAGCGACGGGGAGGAGUUCAGGUUGAGGAAGCAGGCGGCUGUGAGGUCGUAUUUUGAGUGGAUGCCCCUUCGGCAGGUCACUAUGGAUGACUCUUUGCGCAUCUGGCGGGAUUUCUCCAUUGGGAACUUGUUUGAUCUCAUCAUGCUUGACACGAGGCAGUACAACCGGGACGUUACCGUUCUUGGGCCGCUGGGGGGGAUUAUUGGGGGGAAUAAGAAUGAGGUGGAGGAGCAGGCUGAUUGGGUGAACAGGACGAUCAUGGGGUUCAACCAAGAGGCUUGGUUCUACACCAAGCUUCAGGAGUCGAGUGAUCGACAGGCCAGGUGGAGGUUGGUGGGCAACCAGGUGAUCUUCAGCAGGGUGACGAUUGGAGUUUUUAAUGAUGAGCCGUUUAAUCUGGAUCAGUGGGAUGGGUACAUCGCGAAUAGGGACAGGGUGUACAAGACACUGGUGGACAACAAGAUCAACAACACGGUCAUGCUGAGCGGGGAUAGCCAUGCGGCUUGGGUGAGUGAUAUGGUUUGGAAGGCGGAGGAGGGGUAUGAUGAGAACACCGGGGCGGGGGCGGUGGGGGUUGAGUUGGCGGGGAGUGCGGUGAGCAGCUCCAGUCCGUUGACGGGGAUUGUGCCGAGGUUGAUCACGGAUCCGAUUUCCAAGUUAUUGAUCAAGAACAACCCGACGUUGCAGUGGCAGGAUUUGUAUUAUAGGGGAUAUUUUGAGAUGGAUAUUGGGUAUGAUGCUAUUGAGGCGCAGUUCUUUGGGAUUCCAAAUCUCAAGAAGAGGAGUACGGAGGAGAUCAAGAUUGCAAAGUUCUUGAUCAGGGAUGGGGAGAAUAAGUUGGCGAGGAACCCUACUGUGGGUGGUGGAGUGGCGUAUGCGGGCGCGUUGAAGAAUGGCAAGGUCGAGAAGGCACCUUGA